GGCGGGGCGGGCCGGGGCCUCCCAUUUCCUCCGGAGCCGCCGCCAAAGCCGUGCCGGGACGGGACGGGCCGGGCCCGGCUGGGCGGACGGGUGCCGGGACGCCGAGAUGCUGUCAGAGCCGCGCGGGAGGGGGACAGUGGCACUUGAGAAAUGGCGAUGAAGAGCAACCAGCGUCUCGGGGGACAUCCGCCCAGCAGCUGAGGGUUCGGGCUAGAGGCACCAUCCAAGGACACCUGUGGAGCCCACUGGCAGCUUACAGGAGCUGAACAUAUCCCAAGGGGCCUUCAAGCAGAGGGAGUGGCACAGGCAGCCUGCCCUGGAGCCGACAUGGAGCAGAAGAUCAGCUCUUUCUUUAAUUCCAUCUUGGAGCUCAUCCGUACCAAGCACAAGGAAGGUGUCUUCAACACUGUCUGCCUGGUUGUUCUGCUGGGUCUGCCUUUCGUUGUCCUCAUUGUAUUCAUUUUCAUCUGCUGCCACUGCUGCUUCUGCAGCCGGAGGGGAGAAAGCAAGAAGAAAGGCAGCCCCAGUAGCAAUGGGCAGCUGCACACCGAGAGGAACAAGAAGAAGAAGAAGAAGAAGAAGAAGAAGGAUGAGGAGGACCUGUGGAUCUCAGCUCAGCCCAAGCUGCUCCUGCUGGACAAGAGACCCUCCUUGCCCAUCUAACGGGCAGGAGGGUGUUCAGGCCCUCCCCUCCAAGAUGCCACCAGUCCUUUCACCUGUGCAGUAUGAGGAGAAAGGAGCUGCCAAAGCUGCCACCACUCCACGGUGACUUUCAAAAGAGCUGAGCCCAGUGGCUAACCAGCAUGUUUCAGGGCCAGCAGAAAGCAAGGCAGUCAGGCACAGGUUUAUACAAGCCUUAUCUCUCUCACCAUGACAGUGUGCCCAAGGGCAGAAACCCCUGCAAAGGACAGGCUGGCACAAGGCCUCCAGCACAGAUGAGGGGGACCUGCCUCUGGACUGUGCAAGCCUCCUGCCAUCCACACACUAUGGGCCUGGUGUGAGGCUCUCUCCCUGCACAAAGACCAUACAUGAGGCUUUCCCCGUGGCACAGACCAGGGAGCAUGCAAAGACCAAGCUGCCUGCAGUCUCCCCCUGCACACACACCACACGGAUGGCCGCUGCAAAGCAAGCACAGCCAUGCCUCACCUGCCCUGCCGUGGAGGUAGCCCAGCUUGACUGUGGAGGCCCAGUCCAAACCCAGCUUACGCUGGAGAUGCAAAGAAAGCUGAGUGCAGACUUACCCCCCAGUUCAAAGAUGUGCCAUCUCCCCAACUGCCAAAGCAAAGGUAACUGAGAAUGUCUGAUGCCAGAUGCCCUCAGCCCGACCUUAGAGACCUCAAGACAUCAUCUUAAAGUAGCAAAGCAGAAGGAUGCAUUGCCACCCAGGCUAGAGGCACGGAGGAGAGAGGAGGCUGCAAGACCAGCCCUUUUGCACCAGCACUUAAACAUAUCUGCCUUGAAAGACUGUUUUAUACAGACCUGCCUUUAAGGAGCCCACCACGCUACUGCAAGAGCAGAAAUGCAAGCUGAGGCUGUGUGAAGGCUUAGCUAUAGGUAUUAUUUAUUGAAUGACUACUAAAGAAGAGCAAGACCAAAGGCCCCUCUGUUGCAGAGCUUGGCCCACCAAAGCAGUAUGGAUGCAGCAGACAUGCUUUCCUGGCACACUUGGCCAUCCCUUCUCCCUACAGCCCUUGUGCACUCACAUCAGACACACACAGACCCUGCAGCACACACAAUGCUCCACAUGCAGCACCAUGUGCAGCUCCAUGUGCCAUGCAAAGGGCUUCUGUACAGCUGACACACCAGCCAGCUCUGGGAUUUGGGAUGUGCUGUAGGAGCAGAGAGCUGUAAAGUUCAGGCUCACAGUCAUCCCAUAGGCAUGGAUGCGUCAUGUAGCUAGACUCUGCCUCCCUCUGCAUCCUCAUUUGCCUUGGAUGCACAAAGCUUAGCUGGGCACAGCCGCUAAUGAGACCACGCACAGCUCCCACCCCCAUGCCGGUUCUGACCUUCUGCUCCCCCAGGCUUGCACAUCCAGCCUACCUCCCAAGGAGCAGGAGUUCUCCUCUGCCCUGCCAGGGUCUGUCUCCCUCAGCUUGUUUUGCCAACGAGAGACACAUAUGGGAACAGAAGCUCCAUCACAUCUAGGUUUUGUUUUCCUCUAGUUCUUAAGCUGCCAGAGCAGACUGAAGCUGCCAGCCAGAGCCAGACAUCUGGGCGAUGUGCAGCCAAACCCACGUAGGCAAGCCUGGAUGGAGCUGGCAGACAGAAGGGCUUCCAGCCCAGGAGAGGAAGAGGGCGAUGCCAUCUUCCUGCGCUCCCAGGGCACACACCGGCAGGGGCAAAGCCGCUGGUCAGAAGCAGCCAUUCCUGCUACCCAGUCCCAGCAUGGCCUGUUUUGUCCAGCCGAGACAAGGCAGUGAUGUCACAUGUCUGGCUGCUUGUGGCUGUGCUGGUAACAGCCAGGAGGCCAAGCUCCUCCUCACACAGUCCUUCAAAUUGACCCCAUAUGUGCCUUAUUUUCCAGCUUGCUUUGUUACCACUGAAAUAAGUGACUCCCUUCUUGUCCAAAACAAGCAGCAGCAUAUAAUGCUGUAAAAAAAGUUAGGAUUUACCACACAUAAAUCCCAGAGAGAAACAUGCAGGAAUAGCUCUAGUCUCUGUCCCAAACCCCAAGUACAGCCAGGACCAUGGAGAACCAGCACUGCACUUGCAUGAGCCCUUCUUCCUUCCCUCCAUUCCCCCAUCCAGAUGCUUUUCCCAGCCUUCCUGACCCAAACUCACCAGGUGGGCAAAAGCAGCCUCCUCCUGCCCUGCUCACACAGGUGCUGCUGCUGCAAUCCAAAGGCAGCAGCAGCCUGGAGGAGGGGCGGUGAUGCCUGGGGUCAUGGGGAAAAAAAAAUCAGAGCGAAGGGAAAUGCCAUGGGAGGCCAAAAGCUUCCCCAAACAAGCAGGGGCACGGAGGCAGCCAGCUCUGGCUGAGUACAGCCUACUUGCUGUGGAGUUGCUGGACUUUGUGUGGCUCCCUGCAUGAAGGUGUUUCUCCAGAAAGGAUAGCAAACAACAUUUCAGGCAAGGGCAACCAAUUCCUAAUUCCUACAAGAACCAGAGAACUGUCAAGAAAAUGUUUGCAUUGUGUCACACGUAAAAUCUCCAGCCCAGGCUUUGGGGAGUUCAGAGCCAGGUCUGAAUUUCAAGAACCUGCCAGAAUCAUUCAAAUUCAUCCCUAGCCUGGGCAGAGGCACUGGGAUGGCAAGCCUGCCCUGAUCCAUUAAGUCCUGCACCCCAUAAGACCCAGGGACCAACUUCUUGGAAGGCUGCUGGUUUUACUGCAUGCAAAACCAGGCAGUAAAUCAGCUGCCUCUUGAGACAAAAGCAAAAGAGCAGGGGCACCCUGAGGUGCACCAGGACCUGUCCCCCAUCAGGCAGGCAGCAGUCACCCUGCAGCAUCCACACUAAGGCAGCUGGAGAUAUAUAGUACAGGAACUCAGCUCCCUGCUCUCCAGACACCUCUGCACUGCCUCCCCACAACUGUAUCUCAGUAUCAACCUUUCAUUUCCAUAACUAGUCCAUGCAACAGACGAAACAAAAAGCCUACAACAAAAAGCCCCAAAUGUUUUGCAUUUUUUUUAAAGAAAAACAAAAAUAAAUGACUCUCAAACUGCCAACAAAUGGUGUGUCUCUA